AUGAUUUUAUUUGAAGCAAUAAAUACUGUUACAAAUUAUUUAAAAUAUGGAUCCGAUUUUAAAGAAAGAUAAAUUUUUAAUAAGGACUGGACAAAAAUAGAAGGAAGAGAAAGUUACAGGAUUUCAAAUUUAUUGUUAUUCUAAAAAGCAACUUUUAGUAUUUAAAUUAAUGAAGAAGGAACUGUUAUUUAUUAAAAGGAUGGCUCUAUUCUUUUUAUGUAACUAUUAAACUAUGAUUUAGAGAUUACAAGGAUACUCUAAAUUAAACCAAAAAUUUAGAGUAAAUUAAAUAUUUAAGAUGGCAUGGUUAGUAUAAUAAUCUGUAAUAAAAAAUUGGAAAAUGGUAUGCUUUAUGGAAAGGUGAAAAUUUAGAAGCAGGAGGAUAUUAUUGCGAUUAAGGAUUAAAAACAGGUGAAUGGAUUGAACUUUUUGAAAAUUUUUGGGAGUAAUCUUAUCUAAAUUAAAAUAGCAAAUCAUAAGUAACUUUUAGAGGAUAAUAUUUUGAUGAUAUUAAACAAGGAAAAUGGUAAAUAUAUUAUUUAGAUUAAAAAUUAAAAUAAAUCGCCAAUAUGUAAGAAUGUAAAAUUAAAUCUUUAUAAGUGGUGGAGGCUAUUAUGAUUAAGAGGCUAUUAAAUAAGGGUAUUGGAUAGAGUUACAUAAGAACUUUUAUAAGUAAUUAAAAUAUGAUAAUAUUAUCAGUGGAAGACAAAUUGUUUAUAAAGGAAUUUAUUAUAAUGACGCAAAAGAAGGUUAGUGGGACAUUUUUUUUCGAAGUUACUUUGAUAAUCGUUUUAAAAAAAUGUAAACGCUUAUAAUACUCUUAGAGGAGGAGGUGUUUAUAACAGAGAAGGAUAAAAAAAUGGAAAAUGGGUGGAGGAAAGUGAAAAUUUUUGGAAGUAAGAGUAAUGAAAUUAAUUUUAGUGGAUGCUAGAUUUUAGAAUAAGGAGAAUAUAAAAAUGGGUUAAAAAUUGGAAUUUGGGAGUCUCUAUUAAAGGAAUAUAAAGAUGAUCAUUAUAAAUUAAUGUAUAAUGUUUCAAAAUUAUUAUAUUCUUAGAUGUCUAGGAUGUUAUGACAAUGAUAUAAAAAAUGGAAAGUGGACUGAAAUUCAUGAAAAAUUUAUGAGGUAUAAUAUUAUUAUAGUUUUAUUCAUUCUAAACGUUCUGAAUGCAAAAUAAUGAAUGUAGGAAAUUAUAUUAAGGGUCUUAAAAUAGGAAGGUGGAAAAUUAUAGAUUAAUUAACUUAUAAUGUUAUGUAACAGAAUCUAAUCAUAUUGUAGUGGAGGAGGUGAUUUCGAUGAAUGCGGAUAGAAAACAGGUAUUUGGCUAGAAGUAGAAGAUUAUGGAUAAUAAUUAAGAACUUAUUAUUUUUUUAGAUUUAUAUCAAAGAUUUCAUUCGAAGGAAGAUAUAUAAACGGAAAAAAAGUUGGAAAAUGGCAAAUUAAUUAUGAUAAUAAGAUAAUGUAUUAUAAAAUUAGAUUAUUANUUUAUAGAAAUAAUUUAUUAUUAAACUUAAUUGUUAAUAAAAAUAGUCUUAUUUUAUGGACAUAUCUGCUAAUUAUUUAUUUUUUGCAUCGACUUCUUUAGGAGUAUAUUUAAAAAUUUAUAUUCAGAAUAGUUAAAAUUAUGAUCUUAGAAAUGAAAUUUAUUCUGAUUCCUUUUUUUAACUAAAAUUGUAAUAAUUAGCAAAUUAGAAUCUAUAUAAUUUUAAUGA